CACACGAAAAGCAGAGAGGGAGAGCUCGUCGUCUCGCGUGACCGGGCCCAGCUCGACCCCCACCCAGAUCCGGGCAUCUUCUCCGGCCGGCCGGGAUCUCCCGCCGUCGUGCAACGGCCGAGUGGCCUCCCGGGCUAGGACCAGUCUGUCUUUGCGCCGGUGACGGGUGAGUUCAGAGUUGUAGCGCCGGCGACCGGAGUGGAGGAGGGAGGCGGGGUUUUGCGUCCAGACCCCCCCGCGACUGCGACGCCGGAUAGCGGACGCUGGCGGCUCGUCUGACGACGCUCCGGUUGAUCGGUUGAAAAAUCGGGGGUUCAACUAAAGCCAAUAUGCCUCAUGCCGAGGGUGCUUGUGCAAUGCCCGCCGGUGAUGGUGAAGUGGAGGCAGGGUUCGCCAAGCUGCAGGGUGAGGAUUUUGAGUACUACAUGCAGGCCUACUCUAUCAUGCUGGGCCGCAGCAGCAAGAAAUCGACGGUGGAUGUCGAUCUCUCCAGCCUUGGUGGGGGGAUGAACAUUUCGCGCCACCACGCGCGGAUAUUCUAUGACUUCCAGCGCCGCCGUUUCACGCUCGAUGUCAUCGGCAAGAAUGGCUGCCAUGUUGAGGGCGUCCUGCAUCUCCCUGGGAAUUCUCCUCUUAAGCUUGACUCGCAGGACCUCCUUCAGAUUGGGGACAAGCGGUUUUACUUCCUCCUGCCCACGAGGUCUAUCUUUGCGUCGCUUGCCGCUACUCAACAAGCCCCUGUUCUUCCCUCACAGAUCCCGCCGCCAUCGUAUGUGCAGCCAGGGCACCCUCGUGUGUCCGAUUUCCAUGACCGCCUCCCUGAAGGUGAUUAUGGCUGGGACAGUGAUGACGUUGGGAAUGGUGUCAGUGCAAGUGGAAUGAAGGGCAAGCUGAAGAUAACCAAGAAGUCUCCCGGAGAUUUGGACGUCUACGGUGGGCACAGAAUCAAUGUUGAACCAAUAGGAAUAGUCGGCGAAGACAACAGACCAGAAAUAAGGCUGAGGGGUGACGGGGAUGUGGACAACCAGCACAUCGUUCAAUUGGAAGAGAAGGAAGUCGUGUCAUCUGUUGCGACUGUGUUAUCUGACCUAUGUGGUCCUGGACAAUAUAUGCCUAUGAGAAAACUCCACACAGAGUGGGAAAGACUUGCAAGUAUAUCCUCUGCUUGUGCACCGGUUUGGCAACGUGUGGCACCACACCAGGGUGCGGAAGUACCUGACCUGGGAGGACUGGUCGCCGAUUAUAGCCAAGGGGAGGCCGUGGUUCGGGCUGCUGGAGCUGCUCAGGAAGCACCCAGAGCACUUCGUCAUCAACACGAAAUGGAAGGGCAGGGCGAUCUUGGAGUUUGUCUCGCUGGUUUCCUUGCUCUCCUAGGCGGAACCACAGACCAGCAAGUCUGUCUCUAAGCUUUUCUUGCGUUUUGUUUCGCACCUGUAGUCCAGUAUCCAGAAGGCCGGGUCGUGUCCUGAUUUGUGUAUGAGAGAGCAUCAGUUUGAUGGAGUCACUGUAUCCUGAGUUUCUCUGACUUAGCUCUGUAGUGUCGACAAUGUUGUGUGGAAACUUCGACUUUUAAGUGGUAUAUUCAGUUC